AUGGAGUUGGCCAAUGGGAGCACAGUUGAGGAAUUCAUUUUGCUGGGCUUUCAAAUUGGGCAGCAGAAGCGGCACUUGCUCCUUGCCAUUUUUGCUGUGCUCUACAUCCUCACUUUGGCUGAGAACAUCACCAUAAUCACGCUGGUCCAUGCAGAUGUCCAAUUGGCCCGGCUACCUAUGUACAUCCUGUUGAGCAAUUUCUCCUGGCUAGAGAUAUGCUACGUCUCCACCACUGUGCCCCGUAUGCUCUUUGACCUGGCAUUCCCAUGUGGCGUCAUCUCCUUCCACGAGUGCUUCCUCCAAUACUACAUCUUCUUCUCUCUUGGCCAGACAGAGUGCUUCUUCCUGUCAGCCAUGGCUUUGGAUCGGUACAUGGCCAUCUGCCACCCACUGCGUUACCCACAAAUGAUGUCCCGAGACUCCUGCUAUGCCUUGGUGGCCACUUGUUGGGUUUUGGGCUUUCUGUGGCACAUUGUUCCUGUUACUUUGAUCUCCAGGUUGUCCUUCUGUGGCCCCAACAUCAUAGACCACUUUAUGUGUGAUGCUGGGACAAUUCUCCUACUUGCUUGCCCCCCAAUCAGAAACAUUCCCAUCAUCUACCAGUUUUCCAUGGAUGCUGUGGGUAUUUUAGGCAACCUGUUCUUUGUUGUGCUAUCCUAUGGUGCUGUGAUUCUCACCCUGAUGAAAUCUUCUAGACGAGGCAGUCGGAUGAAAGCCUUCUCCACCAUAUCCUUCCACCUAGUGGUGGUCACCCUUUUCUAUGGCACAGUGGCCGGGAUGUAUGUAGCUCCAAGUGGAGAAAGCCAAUCACAGGCCACCAAAGUAGUAACGCUCUUCUAUACAACAAUCACACCAUUUCUGAAUCCUUUGAUCUAUUGUCUGAGGAAUGAUCAGGUGAAGGAGGCAGUGGGCAGGUUGCAGAGGAGGAAGAUGGGACUGGUGAAGAGAAAGUUGACUUGGUAA